GCCCGGCCCGCGGGCGGCGGGAAGCGCCGGGAGCCGCCAGCYCCCUGCCAUGGAGCCGCAGCUCUUCGCCUGGGGUGCAAACAGCUAUGGACAGCUUGGUCUUGGUCAUAAAGAGGAUGUGCUGGUUCCUCAGGCACUGAAAGAUGCUUCCUGCACAUGUCAAGACAUUGCAAGCAUUGCUGGAGGAGGGGGACAUUCUGCAGUUACCACUGGUGCGGGACAACUCUUUGUAUGUGGCCACAACAAAGAUGGGCAAUUGGGGUUGAAUCACACAGAGGAUGUGCUGCGUUUUACUUUGUGCACUGCCCUGUCUGGCUUUUGUGUAAAACAAGUUGCAUGUGGCUGGGAUUUUACAAUCAUAUUAGUAGGAUCUGGCCUAGUGCUGUCCUGUGGGUCAAACUCUUUUGGACAACUGGGACUUCCUCAAAUUUCAGGUCCGUGCUUGAUUCCACAAAAGAUUGAGUCUCUCAAAGAGAAGGUGGUGCAUGUUGCUGCAGGACUGAGACAUGCCCUUGCUGCAACAGACAGCGGUUUGGUGCUUCAGUGGGGAACUGGGAUGGCAUCUCAGGCAAAGCGUGCAAGCCAAGGAAAAGCCCUCCCCCUGUUCUUGACAGCAAGGGAACCCUGUGAAGUGACAGGCCUGGAAGACGUGAAGGUGAAGACGGUGGCUGCCGGCUCCUGUCACUCGGUGUCCCUCACAGAUGAAGGACACCUGUAUGUCUGGGGCAGCAACAAACAUGGGCAGUUGGUGAGCAAAGAMAUCUUUCUUGCUGAGCCCAGGAAGAUUGACUCUCAGUGUUUCUCACAUGAGAAGAUUGGAGCAGUUUGGAGUGGCUGGACSCACCUGGUGGCACAGACAGAAGCUGGCAAGGUGUUUACCUGGGGCAGAGCAGACUACGGGCAGCUUGGAAGGCACGCGGUGGUUCCCAGUGGACAGCAGAGCACAGCAUCUGAACAGUGCUUGGAGCUGUUGUGUAACAUCCCUGUUUCGGUUCCUUGCCUAAAUGGAGCAUCCCAGAUUGCAUGUGGCUCCGAGCAUAAUCUGGCAAUAGUUGGUGGUCAGUGCUUCUCUUGGGGAUGGAACGAACAUGGGAUGUGUGGUGAUGGCACAGAAGCAAACGUUCAUGUCCCAGAACCGGUCAAAGCUCUUGGCUGUGCAAAACAGAUYUUAAUUGGAUGCGGGGCAGGACAUGCCAUGGCUCUCUCAAACCCCACGCUAGACCCAGCCCACCUGGAAUCAUAACAGCGUGGAUGUGGGUGGACAUCUUUGAAUUGUGUAGCUCAGAAUCGCUACAAAAGAAUUGCCCGUGGUUAACACAAUAGUUGGAAAGUGCAGAUGCUUUUCCUAAGUCUUAAAGGAACGACUAUGCAUAAAAAGCUGCAACAUUUUACAAAUUGUUUCCUAGGUUCUGGCUACAGGAAUUGACUUUCUUACCCACAAAUAGAAUUGCAAGCAUUCUGCUUUGAUGCAAUGCAGCUGAAGACAGAUGUGCAUUUUCUUGUUCUUGUGAGAAGUCUUUGAGGAAGAAAUCGACUGCUUGAUGGCUUUUUGGUGUAUAAAUUCAGUCUGGAGAAGAGGUCUGAGAAGGUGGUCUUUUGUUAUUGUAUCUUUAUAUCAUGAUAUGUUGCACCUGCCAACUCCUACUGGAGUUGUGGGCUCGCAGCAGCUCAGAAAAUUGUGUCACAAAGAAAUGCCAGUGAAUAUGACUCGAUGCAUACACACAUUUUAAGCAGAAGAAUAGGAUUAAAAAAAAAAAGCAAUCAAUAUAAUUUAGAAGGCUGGCAAAAGACGAAAAUUAGGCCCUUUUGAACUAGUUUUAUCUUGAUUAAACUGUGAAAGGAGCAUUAUUUCYCAUGGAUUAUGUUCUGUGCCAGGCAUCAGUUCAUUAUAGAUUUACUGGGAUGCAGAUCUGCAUGAAUUAUGGUUAACUUGCAAACCAAAGCUGAAGUUUCUGUAGCUACUGCUUAGGGAAGGAAAGCUUCUAAGAGCUCUUGGAAGCAAUCAAAAAGUUCUUACCAAAGGGCAUAAGUCAGUUGUAGGUGUUGAGGACCGCUUGAUCUCGUGUAASUCCUGUGUUUCCAUCUGCCUUUGGAAUAGGAAGACAUUGAAAUCUAACCAGAAAGAUUUUACAAGUUCUCCAGCCUAAAAGGCAGACCAGAAUGUUCCUGAUAAUUUCAGGUUAGCUCUCGCUUUUGCAGCCCAACRGAGUUACUGUUCACAGCAUGCCCACAGUACUCGUUCCAGGUGGGUGCUUGACAGAGAACAUAGGCCUGUUACUUGUUUUGGUAGAAAAAGGAGAAAGUGUAAAAUGAGAUGUCUUUGGAUAUUAUUAGCUGCCUAUGUUGAGCAAAAUUUUGGAAGCUAUUUAUAAAACCAUUUUUUCCACACAAAUACAGUGGAUGCCAUUAAACUGGCACUSCCACAAUACUUAUAUUUGCUGUGGUGUUCAACGUAUUUCAAGUUCUAAAUAUAGAGAAUUCUACGGUGUGGUAAAUGCACCUUUUAAUGAGACCUACUGUUGCUAAAUAGUGGCUUAAUUUUUAAAGCAGGCUUGCCAGGGAAGAAACCUUACAGAAUUACAAAAUGCUCAGAGAAAGGCUCUUAGGAAAUGGGACAGGAAGACUUUCUAAUGAUAUAUCAGCUUACGCAUGAAGAGGAAGGAAUUAAGGUGAUAAUAUGGGCUGUGGGUUUUUUUCACCCUUGGUUUUACAGCAGUUAUACUUCUUGGCUUCAUUUUCAGAAGGGUUUUAUUUUUCUAUUCAACAGAUGAGAAACUUGUACAGGYUAUAUAGCUGAUUUUAAACUAUAACAGGUACCAGAAGAAUAAUUAAAUGGGACCCCUGCAAAAAGUGUAGAAUUGAGAUUUCUGUUGUAAAGUGGUUUUUUUAAAUCCAUGUGUUAGUUUUGGUUCUUCAUGGCAACACACUGUUCCAGGCUGUAACCUCUUGCACUUUUAAUUAUCUAAGUUGCUAUUUAUUGUCUGUCCUCAAUGCCAUUUCCUGGAUACCAAAGCUUCUCUAUUAUAUGCACUGAACAGUUUCUCAUACUUUCUUUGACAGUCCUGUCUGAGGUUUCUACUUUUGUUUUCCUCCAGAAUCUGUGUACCAAAUAAACAUGUUCUCUUGUUUCAGUAAUCAUGUCCUCUAAAUAGUCUGUUCCUUGAUUAUUCAGAGCCAAUAUGUGCCUUAUGGGGGGGUUACUGGACUGGACAUGUUUUGACUGUGUGUGCUGUUGCUACAGUUCAUUUCAGAGGAGUCCAGCAAGUUAUGUAACAAAUAAAUGUGAAUUGGAUAUUUGAAAUGUUUUUCUCAUGUAACAUGAACACACUUUUGCAACACAAAGAAUGAUUUGGGGUGAUAAGGUGAGGAAAGAAAGGAGAGCAUCAGYUUGUUCCUGGUCCUGAUCUGGAGUUUCAUAUCUGCAUCUGAU